CAUGAAAUAAAACGCCGCUUUUUCUGCACUUUCUCGCCCCUACAAGUUUCCCUAUUUACGCAGCUCUCAGCUCCGGUGUGGCGGCAGCAGAGACACAGUCGGUCGGUCCGGUUCGGUCCAGCGUCGUGCGUCUUCGUGCAGAAGUGAGACGCGCUGCGCAUCACGGAGCCGCUCGGUAUAAAUAAGGCCGCAGACGGGACAGCUCGGCCUGUCCUGAAGAAGCUGAAGGUGCUCAGAGGUGAAACUCCUCCGUCAUGUCCGCACUGUGAUGGGACCACCGGAGAAAUCGCUUCACGGUUCGGCUCGCUGAUGCUCGGGGAGACUUGUUUGGUUCUGCUGGGUUCGACCUGAACGGGCUGCUGCUGCUGCCUUUAUGGGACGGUAAAAGGUGUAUGGGGUGUUUUUAUUUUUUAUUUUCCACCGGUAAUCCAGACUCCUGCGGCUCCACGGAGGGGAGAGGCACCGAGUCCUGCACCGGGAGGUUUUCGGAGUCCGACGGGGGGGACGGUGAGAGUGUUUGGGGUUUGAUUUUCUCCCGUGGUGUCUGUGUGGAGCGUACCACACACCCACUUCACAACAACGACGGCUUUUGCUUGCAUCUUCCAGUGUUUCUUCUGUCAGCAAGUCCAGCAGAGCUGCAACUCUUCCAGUGCCAGCCCUGACACCAGCGAGGAGCCCUGCCCCACUGACAUGGUGAAGAUGACCAAGUCUAAAACCUUCCAGGCUUACCUGCCGAGCUGCCACCGCACCUACAGCUGCAUCCACUGCCGGGCACAUCUGGCCAAUCACGACGAGCUCAUCUCAAAGUCCUUUCAAGGCAGUCAAGGAAGAGCGUACCUGUUUAACUCAGUGGUGAAUGUCGGCUGCGGGCCAGCUGAGGAGCGGGUUCUCCUCACAGGUUUACAUGCUGUGGCUGAUAUCUACUGUGAAAACUGUAAAACCACCCUGGGCUGGAAAUAUGAGCAUGCGUUUGAGAGCAGUCAAAAGUACAAAGAGGGAAAGUUCAUCAUCGAGCUGGCUCACAUGAUCAAGGAUAACGGGUGGGAGUGACGCUCUGGCCGGGCUCCUUUUUUUUUUCUGACCUUGGAAUGCUCUUUACUGAACUGCGUGGAGCGACAACCAUCGACCACCCCGACCCCUUCCCUACCACCACCACCACCACCACUCUGACUCCCCUUAGAAAAAGGAAAACAAACCUCCACUCACCUCCCCCUCACCUCCUUCACGUGCACACCCCCACCGGCUCAUCGUGAACGGGCGUUAAAAAACGACAAACAGGAAGUGGAGCAACUCUUGCAAAAAUCACGUCACAGGAGUCCCGUCGUUACUUUGAAGAUUGUGUGUUUUGGAGCUUUUGGGUUUGAGCCCCCGGCCUCCACCCUCCACUCUCACCCCUCCGCCCCACCGAGCCACGCUUUCAAGUGAUUGUGGUGAUAUGGCGACCACUAUGCGAACGGCGAGAGACUUCACUGAAAGAACAUACCUUUGUUUUCGUUACUUCGCUCGUCCGGCGAAACAGAAGACUUUGCUGAUUAUUUGGAUGUUUUGUUCAUUUGCUCUAGUUUUAACUUCUGGGUUUGGUAAGGUUUUGGUUUGAUGGCAGAUGGAUGUUACUGGUUAGCAUUUUUUUUCCCUGUCGAGUCUGUCACAUUUUGUUUAUUUUUGGCUUGGUGUAUCUCUGCCUAUAGCUGAGCAUGCUUUUCUUUGCUAAUGUCCAAAUGAGCAAUCAGGGAUGGGUGAGGAGGGGAGGGGAAAGGGAGUUUAUCGUAGUUACGAAUAUGUAGCAGCAUCUUACUUUAUUUUUUUUUUUAGUGGCAAAGGAUGAGAGUGCAGUAAUGUGGAAUUUUAUACCUGAUAUUUUCCUCUGUUUUUAUCCUUUUUUCCUUUCUUGUGGAUUUUCUUUAUUCCCCCCACUCUCCUUCUGGUACUUUUCAGCACCCAAAAAGCAUUGAAAGCAGCACCUAGUAUUGGUUUGACAUAAAUGGAUAUAUACAUAAUAUACAUAUAUCUAUAUAUAAGUAUGAAUUUAUAAAUAUAUGAAUAUUUGUAGUGCUUGGCUAAUUGCGAUUGUGGCUGGUCCCAUUUUGCAACAGUACAAUAAGUGGAAGAGACAGGAAGAGAAGCAGGAAUAGUUUCUAGACUGGGGAACCUUACAUCAGUGUCCACAUGUCAUAAAACACUAUGACAGGCUGUAUUAUCCUAUUGUCUAGUAACGACACAGUAAGAGACACAUAUGAAUAUAAAUACACAUGCUAUGAUUACAUAUCCAUAAAUACUAUGAAAAUGUUCGUAGUACGUAGAUAUUGGAACAUGGUUUCUAUAUAUAUAUGAAUAUAUAUGUUUGCUGUCAUGCACAUGUAUAUAUGCAUAUUACUGUGUGUAUAUAUGCAUUGUGUGGUCACGCAUUACACAGUGGCUUGAACUUGAACGAUGCUACUUCGUUUGCACUUUGCGGAGGCCUUUGGUUCACGUCGGUUUAGAGGCAAAAACUAAAGUUUCUCGUCCGUUUUUUAAUGGCCUUCUCACGGAUGAUUGUUGGAAGAAAGCUGGAUGACGGUUUGAGGGUUUCGUCGUCUCCGUAGUGUGUUUAGUAGCCAUCUGUUGGAUGAUUCUAUGUAAUUUUGUUGGGUUUUUGUUAGUUUGUGAUUCUUUGCUGCUACCCUAGAAAUCCCGCCAUUUUCUUCCCGCUAUUUCUUCCCGCUCUCAUAGAUCUUUUGCACUUUAUGUCCCUCUCUCUCUUAGAGCGUAUGAAUUGUCUCUUUGUGGAUUUGCCUCUAAGCCGUAUGAAUCUUGUGCCUCUUCAAAACAUGAACGGCCUCCCCGUCUUUCUUUUUUUUCUUCUGUUGUGCAGUGCAUAACGCUGAAAAAAAAUCUUCACGUGAACCAAUGUGUCUUCCCCCCCUUCUGGUUCAAAGCGGCCCUCGAAAAUCAUGUUCUUCACCAAAAUCCUCAAUGAGCUCUGUCUGCCCUUCUUUUUUUUCCCCGGAUAACAGAGAGUGAGUAUACAUACGCGCAUAUAUUUUCUAUGUUAAGAUUUAGAGGUGCAAAAACAGAUGGAUAUUCAGUAUAUUAUUUCUCAGAGGAAGAGGUUUAGGUAUGCCCGGGGCUUGUUUGAGUUUUUAUUGGAAGGAUUAAAAAGAUGGCAGCAGGUCAAGGCGGGGCAGGGUGGGAUGGGAGAGAUUUAAAAAUCAGCAGUGAUUGAUUACUUUGCCGGCAAGGUCAGUCAGAUCACACGACCUUUUAUCCUAAAAACUAUGACAAUGCAAACCCUUAAUAGUUAGCAGUGAUACCUACUUGAAAAUAUAAAUACAUAAACAGCUGAGAUAUUGGCCCGUGUUACAGUUUUUGUACAUAAAGUAACAUAUUUAAGGUUUUAUACGUAUUUCUACUGGGUUAGUUCUUUUACUUCCCCAACUUGAAGCACUUUUGUUCACUGUACCUCUGGCUGUGUGUCUGUAUGUGUGUGUGCAUACAUGCAUGUGUAUUAGCCCACAUGCGCGCCUGCACACAAAAGUGAAUGUUUACUUUCUUUUCCUCAGUUUUAUUUCUCUUUUUUUUCUCCUGGUUUUGUUUGUUUAGGUUUUCCUGUUGUUUUCUUUCUUUCGUUCUUUCGCAACUGUUUGGUUUCACUGUCUCUCCCAGUGAUCUGUAAGGUCGAGAGCCAGGUUAGUUUGUUUGGAAGUGAUUUUAUCCCGGUUUUGUUUGUUUGUUUCUCUUAGCUUGUUUAUUUAGCUUGUGUGGUGAGGGCCUGUUAGAGGGCCAGUGUUUAGGUCUCUGCUGAGCCAUGUAGACGUCGAGGGCGAGCUGGAAUCUCCCACCAUGUCGCAGGGAGAGCCUUUUACCAAGACCUUUUUGCCACCACAGUCAGUGUCUCCUGUAUUGAGGGCUUUCAGGCGAUAAAACGCACCCUGUGGCAGCCAUAUUAGGGGUCACUAGUUUUUGGCAACACUGGCUGUAAAUAUCUGAUUGUAUUUCUUAAGAACGUUUCAUUUCUGUGCUGGAUUUAUCCAAAAAUUAACUGUUUGUUUCCUAAUGUGGUGUUCUGAUAUUAUAUGACAUUAGCUGUGACAUUCCAGUUCUGGGACUGCAUCCCUUUGACUUCCAAGACCCCCAUUGAAACAAGACACCCUUAGAUGCAGCCGUCGUUCGGUGGAGCUCUUUUUUUAAAAACCUCUACAUGACUGUUUAAAGAGAAACUUAUACGCAGCUGAAUGUCUUUAACUUCUCUCCUGGCUGCAGUGAUGUUUAAGACCAGUGUUAUACACAUUUACAUAGGGUUUGAGUAACAUAAAUUUUACUAUCUGCUGAAGUCUGCAGGCCUCUCUGUGGACAUCCAAAAUUUUAUAUUUGCACAACUGCUAUGCUUAAACAGCAGUGGUGUACAUGUGCCUAAUACGUAGAUGCCAAUCUACUGCACAUGUACAGGGUUAAACUCCUCCAAACGCACCACAAAGUAGUACAGCUACAUGUCCGUGUGCAUCUCCGCAAGAUAGUAUAAUCAAGACUUAAGGGUAAUCCAGAGUAUGUCAGCACACCAUGACAUGACUUCUGGGUGUGGUCAGAACCUGGUUUAAAACAUUCGGCCCAAGAGUAUUUUGAAGCUUUCCAGCCUUAAGUUACAUUACUGAUGCAUUCAAGUGGUCUACAGCAAAUUUUAAAUAAAUCAGGAAACGUGAUGUGACCAUUUUGAUUCUAGGCUGUUUAUAAAAGAUGGAUGUAAUCUCAAGAUCUCAACUGUGAAACCAAAACAGAAUUAACUUAAAUCUGCAUUCUUUCGAACAGCCAGCAGAGGGCGACUCUUCUGGUUUAAAACAGAAGUUGGAUUGUAUCGAAAUUUAUGAGCAAAUGGCCUGACUUCUUACCUGAUCUGUUAUCUCAGUAAACAUUUUCCUAACGAGUUCAGUCAGUAGAUUCAAGUCUCCUUUAAUACAGCAUGGUGUCCAUUUUUUAAAAUUAUGGUCCCAUGUGGAGGAAAACAGGCGAUAAUACAGGGUAUAUUGUGAAUGACAAGUGGUGCUUUAGCUACUUCCAUCUUUUAUAUACUGUCUUUGGAGUUCCUGUGCUCAUCAGUGCAGCUUUGUUUUCACCAUUUCGUUUUACCUCCUGAACAAGAACAGAGUAGUCCUUGUGGUGAAACUAUCUUAAAGCUUCCAAAGUUGAUGAGGAGCACUUGAAUGCACCAUGAGGGGUUAGCCUGCCCUUCAGUUCCAAUAACCGGAUUAUCAUACAAUGUAGCACGCCAGAUAAAGAUGUAAAACAUCCCAACACAUGCUUUUCUGACCCACAAUCCUCAGCAGUUUAAGAUUCACCAUAUACAUCAAGAGUCAUGUCGCACUACAGAUGCACCGGAUAAGUAAGCUAAACGGUUAAAGCUAAUAUUAUGAGGAAGUCCCAGUCACACUGCAUGCAACAGUCCAUACUUUGUAAGAGCAGCUGCAGUAUGUACUGAAAGUAAAAAGAAGGUAAUACGAUUUGGAACAAGAGACACUCUCAAGAGGCCGAUUCCUCGAAGGUUGCAGCUCCUGAACUGGGAUGUAGCUUUUAUGUGAUCAACAAGCCCUCACUGUCUGAUUGAAUUAGCUAACAACAUCAGAACUCUGCCAUUUGCUGACUUCACCUUGGUCUACUUCUCUCACACUCCUACAGGAAGAGAGACCAGCACUGGUAGCUAAAUUUGGAAACGCAUCUACCUUAGCAGACCACUCAUGUCUGCUCACAUUGUUACUGAAUGCACAUCCAGUAUAGUAGUACGACUUUACUCCUCUUUAACUGUUACCUGCACACAGCCAGUUUCUCCAAAAGUACCUCUGAGACGGUGCCAGCAGUGGUUGCUGGGAGAUUUGUGACCCAACUGCAGAGCCUCUAUACUCUCCCUUCGAUCAUUCAGUCUAAGCUGAACCAACAAAAAGCAGUUGCCAGUGUCACCGCCAGUGUGUACCAAAUAAGAACCAGGUUCUAUCGAAUGCAUCAGUGUCAUGUGUCAGUGGGCAGGAAGGAAGCCAGGGACCGAGUCCGAGUGUCUCCUGGAGAUUCAACUGCUAUACCAAAAUCGAAGAGUAUAAAACCUGUCACUUAUGACAUUGUCUUUCUGUGGAAUGUUUUGAUUCUCUGAACUCAACAGCGUCAAAGCAGCCUGGAUGAAAAAUGUAGAUAUUUGCUGCUGAAAACUGUUUACUUUUUAUUGUUAUUCUGUUUUAUUGUGACACUGGCUACCUACUUUUUGAGCUCUGUUACUGUCUAAAGACGUACCUGAAAGGAUGCUGAUCAAAGGCAAGAUGGGUAUACAGGGGAAAAGACUGUACAAGUUCUUUUCUUAGGACUGUUAAACUACAGUUUAAGGUCUAAAGCAUGUUGUAUUUAUAAUGGCUAUAUGUUGUGCCUGUUUUAUUUUUUUUUCCUAAAUUUAAAAACGAAUAUUAUAUGCUUUUUAUUUGACUACAUUGCUUUGCAUUCUGUCUUAGUAAAGCCAUGUCACAUGUCUGUUUUCACUCUAAUGUAAACUAUCAGAUAUCACAAUAAAUUUUCAAUGGCAUUAA